UAACCACAGCGCCCCCUGCUGGCCGUGACUAACCACAGCGCCCCCUGCUGGCAGAGACUAACCACAGCGCCCCCUGCUGGCCGUGACUAACCACAGCGCCCCCUGCUGGCCGUGACUAACCACAGUUCCUCUGUUUCCUCCUGAAGCCGUCGUGGACUCGGUGGAGGAGAACAUCCAGGCCAGCCGCCGCCUCCUGCUGCUCUACACCGCCUCCACCUUCACCAGCAGGAGACACACGAGCAACAACAACAAGAGCAGCGAGGACGUCUAUCCAGAGAGCCGACAGCAGCUGGAGUGUGUGACAGCCAUGCACCGAGCGCUGCUGGAGGGGUCACUCAAGGUGAUCCUGGUGGAGAUGGAGAGGGUCUCCCCGGCCCAGCUGGCUCUCUUCCCCGAGGCGCUGCGUCACCUGAGGAGGACGCAGGGCGCCGUGCGCUGGUGGAGGAGCCCGCGGCGCUGCUGCAGAGGGGCGGAGCCAGGAGCAGGCCACGCCCUCUGCCCCACCUCCAGCUUCUGGAAAGAGGUCAGGUACCGGAUGCCGGUGAGGGGCAAGAGGGCUCUGCACCCCGAGACCACGGCCCUGAUGGACCUGUGACCCGGAUCCAGGAGGAGCUGAUGGACCUGUGACCCAGAACUUGGUUCUGCUGGUCCAAGUUCCAUAAAAACAACACGUGGACGUGAUGAAGUAGCUUCACAGUGUCCGACGGGCCCUGAACGCAUCGUUUCUCAUUGAGGUUACAUGUGAUGUCAGAGAUAGAGAGACUGCUCAUCCGAGGUCAGAGGUCAUAAGAGGUUUCAGGAAGAAGAGUUGUGUCUUCAACCCCACUGGAACUUUGACGUGGACACGUUAUCAUCACAUUACAUUACAUGACAUCACAUCACAUUACAUCACAUUACAUCACAUGACAUUACAUGACAUCACAUCACAUCACAUUACAUCACAUUACAUCACAUUACAUUACAUGAUAUUACAUCACAUCACAUCACAUGACAUCACAUUACAUUACAUUACAUCACAUCACAUGACAUCACAUUACAUUACAUUACAUCACAUGACAUUACAUCACAUCACAUCACAUGGCAUCACAUUACAUCACAUUACAUCACAUGACAUCACAUUACAUCACAUUACAUCACAUUACAUUACAUUACAUCACAUGACAUCACAUGACAUCACAUGACAUCACAUCACAUCACAUGGCAUCACAUUACAUCACAUUACAUGACAUCACAUCACAUGACAUCACAUUACAUCACAUCACAUUACAUCACAUUACAUUACAUGACAUUACAUCACAUCACAUGACAUCACAUGACAUCACAUUACAUCACAUGACAUUACAUCACAUCACAUCACAUGGCAUCACAUUACAUCACAUUACAUGACAUCACAUCACAUGACAUCACAUUAC